GGCAGAGAGCCAGUGCCACUAAGCGUCCCUUAAGUGUCAUCCUAGUGCCACCAGGAGUAAGAGAGGGCGUGUGCUGCUGCCUCGCCUUCUCUGUGUGAGAACAGACGAGAGACCACACCCUUCUCCUGGAGGGAGGACCUCACUCUCCACCCAGUACCUGCAUAGACGAGCUCCACCUUGCACUGAGGACCUCUUCCUUCGUCUGGCACCUGAAGGAGGACCUCACUACGUUACCCUCCACUUGAAGAGAAGGCCUCAGCCUCCUCUUUAACUCAAACAAGGAGCCCGACCUAUCCCUGGAAGGUGGAGUAGGUCUGGCCUCACCGGGCGACUGAGUGGUCGACCUUGUCCUCCAGCCAAUCUUGAAGGAGGGCGUCACCCUCGAGGGCGGGAUGUGGGGCACUUAUCCCCUGAAGAAAAAGUCUCUUGGUCAAGGCACCGUCUCAGGCCGACAGCUGGACACAGUCAUAGCAUGGGUAGUGGUGGUGGUCACGGUGGCAGCGGCCGGCAGAGUGGCGGCUCAGGACACCAUCCCCCUCCUGCAAGGUUACGCCUCCUGCGUCCACAACCAAAGCUCCUUCACCCUCACCUGUGACGUGACUGGUGAAGACAAGGUUUCUGUGUUGCAUUCAUCUACGUGGAAAAACAUAAACAAAACUAUUGUCAUUGGUGCCAAGUCUCUUAACAUCAAACCACAAUGCAACGCCAGGGGGAAACUUGUCAAAAUCAUUGGCUCACAAAAAGUUAAGACUCUCCCGGGGAAUGAGAGCUGUGUGGUACACUUGCAUCUUACUAAUUCCUCAGCGACCGCCAUCACCAGCGUGGCAUCCUUGCUGAGGAUCAAGAACUCCGAAGUGGACCUUAUCAAGAGAGACCCGGUUGAGCAGUUCGACAUAUAUAGUUCGACUGUGGCUGACCUGAGCGUGAGAGCAACUGACGCUCUCUGUGAGAUUAUCGACUCCACUGUCAAAAUCUUAAGGCGAGUGAUACUGGACGGAAACUUCACCUUCAAGAUUAACACCAGUUAUAUCGGCAACCUAAAACAUUUGAAUUACAAUUCGAGUGAAGAAAAUUCAAAAAUCGUGAACGUAACUGUGGAUAAGGUGGAGAGCGAGGGUUUGGUGGUGAGUAAAGGAACACUAACUUUGCAGCAGGUGACUAUCCACAGCCUGCCAGCGAGGGCUAUCAUCCUGCAAGGUGGAGCCACACUGAGGGUGGAGGACUGCCACAUAGCCAAUGCUGAAGUUGACAGCGUCGUCGUAGAAAGUGGUACUGUUGAGUUCCACAGAGUAACAAUAGGGAACAACCUCAACGUUUCCUUCACACUAAAAGAUGCUGGCGGUGGUCUACGUCUCUUUGCUCUUGUAUUUGGCCCUUCAUCAAUAGCCAAAUGGAUAGUGGCUGGAAUAUGUAUUGGUCUUGUUAUUGGUAUUUUGAUUGGUGGUGCAUUAGGUUUCUACUUCUUGAACCGAAGAAACAAACGGUCAAACGAUCAGGAUGGCAUGGAGUUGUUGCAAACAGACAGUCCAUCAGGAGCGUCGCCGAAGACUUCACAGGGGCCCACCAUCACACAGUCUCAGCGCCCCGCAGCCCAUCAGGAGAAAAUUGGUAUUGAUGAUGACGAAUGUUACACAGAUGUUGGCAAUAACGAGAACAACGAUAAUUCUAAGAACAAUGUACUUAACAAUUCUUACUCCCCUCCACCCACAAACAAGCCACCACCAUCUGUACCUAGUUCUGGUACACCUCAAACCACAGCUUAUCCGGCACCUCCAACAGCUUAUCCGCCACCACCCACAGAUUAUCCGCCACCACCCACAGAUUAUCCGCCACCACCCACAACUUAUCCGCCACCACCCACAGAUUAUCCACCUCCACCUAAAACCAACCCACCUUCAGCCACAGCUUAUCCACCUCCACCCAAAACUUAUCCACCUCCAGUCACCUCGCCCUCCAAUGGUCCUAAUAUGUCCAGGAACCCUCCGGCUCCCGCCCGCGUCCCGCCACCACCGCCUGUAAGAAGAGACUCUGCCAUCCACACUUCCUCAUCGUUCUCAGACGAGCCCAACACCUUGCCGCGACAACUUGAAACAAUCGAAGACGAUCAGGACCCAUACGACGAGGUGGAAGAGAGUCAACAGAUGUCUCGACCGCCCGUACCGUCCAACAAACCAUCAUUCUUGCACUCAGCCUUGAAGCCCUCACAGUCGGUGCGGAGCAACAGCCCAAAUUCCAAUCUUCCCGCGUCCUCUGGUCCCAAGGAGGUGGGCGGGCGUCAAUGGCCACCCCCUAAACCUCAGCUGCCCAGUAAACCGCCGCCCUCAGACACAAAGCCCUCCGGUAGCACCUUCAGCGCUGACGACGACGAAGACAUCUAUGAAACUAUAGAAGAACCCUAAACACACCAGUAUCACCAGAGGGGUUUUGGGUUCCAGGUGUUGGAGCAUGAUUAAGGAGAUUAUGAGUAUACUCCCAGUAGACUAUCUUGUAGCUGCAAAUUCAGUGUUAGAUAUUUUGAUACAUUCCUAAGGAACCAUGCAGCGCAACAUACUCAUAGGUCAAUAUGUCCUUGUGAACCGACUGUCAUACAUCUUGAGAUAAUUCUGUGAUACCGUUCAGCACCACAGUUGAAUAAUACACCUCAGAGACCAGCACAUGUGAGCAAUAUUGACAACACAGGAGAUCGGGUGCACUAACACUAAAAUCUUGGAUGCGGACGCCUCAGGCAUAACACCUACCCCUUAAGACGAGGAAACCUAAGCUGAGCAAGUCUAAGUGAAUUGAUUUGUGAUUUGGUACCUAUGUAGUUGAUGUAUGAGUACAAUAAUGAGUGGUCCUAAAAUGGAAUCUUGCGGUACUCCACUUAGCACAUUUUUUCCAGUCUGCUUCUUUCCCAUUGAGGGCGACCUCCGCUUAGUUUUAACCAUAUGAUUCAUUCUGGUGUUUUGCCGUUUACUCAUUGUGCUUGUAGUUUAUGUGCCAGAAUUUUGUGUAAUACCUUAAAGGCUUCACAGACGUUCAUGUACGCUACAUCUAGUGGAAACUUCAUGGGGGUGAGUUGCCCUUUCCAGAAACGUGAGCAGGUUCAUUAAGCAAAGUACCCAACGAUUUCUGUCCUCCCCAGGAUUCGAACACAAUUGACGAUUGCGAGUCUAAAAGAAACCCGACUGUACUACCAGGAAUGUACUAUUAUUUGUUAUUGUUGUUUUAGAUUCAGCUACUCGGAACAAAAAGUUCCAAGUAGCACGGGCUAUGGUGAGCCCGUAAUACCGGGACUAAUAUGUACCCAUAUUAUAUAUACCUACAUUAUUUUUUAAUAUUGUGUACCUAUAUUUUAUGUCUAUAUUCUGUUCCCAUAUAUAUGCCAAUAUUAGUGCCUAUAUUUUGUACCAUAUGUGCCAACAUUGUGUACUCAUAUUGUAACGGCUUCCGGUAAUUCACUCCGGACAACUAAUUAGCCAGAGUAGGCGAUGAGUUACAAUAACGUGGCUGAAAUGUGUUGACCAGAUCACGCACUAGAAAGUGAAGGGACGACGACGUUUCGGUCCGUCCUGGACCAUUCUCAAGUCCAUUCUUGAGUAUUACUCUAGCCAGACUAAUAGAAAUGAGAGAGCAGAAGACUUUCCCACUAUGGGUUAAUUAUUUCAGGACUACUCAUUCCAAGAUUGGGCAUGAUGGGGUUGAGGUGAAUCCACGCUUAUAAUUAUAUUAUAUUAUUAUAUAUAAAAUAGAUGGGUCUUGAACCGUGGACCCCAGGCGUGUGAGGCCGAAGGCUAUGAGCAGUCUUAAAUAAGAAAAGUUUUCAGAAGCAGCAUUCUGCUGAAAGACUGAAUAUUUUCAACUUUUCCCUGACUAUUACUGAAGCCCAAGAGAAUUACUGAUCCACCUCCAUGUCAUAUAAAUUAUAUGACAUGGACGUGGGCCAGUAAUUCCUCUGGGAAUUCCGCCUUCGCCGGGGAUUGAACCCGGGCCCCUUAGGACUACGACCCCAGAGGUGUGUCCACUCAGCCGUCAGGGCCCCUAUAAAUACACCUUAUAAAUUUGUAUUUAUGUGUAAUAUAUAUAUAUAUAUGUGUGUUAUUACAACAAUUAUUAUUAUAAUUAUCAUAAUAAAAGUAUAAUUAAU